GGUAGGUCAUAAAGUCCGUUUUGGGUGAAGCGGACAAAACCUGGAAAGGAAAAUUGCAAUGGAGGGGCAUUUUGGAGAUUCAUGCAAAAGAGUUCGUCCAGGUGGACAGAUGUCGAGUGGCAAAGGACUUUAGGAGGGCGGAAGCAGAGAAGCAGAAGCAGUGGCCGCCGUGGGUUGUGUCGACCGGCGGGAUAAGGAAAGUCCUUUUUCUGAAACCGCCCUCUCCCAUUACUCCACUUGUACUCUCCCUUAUUUGCGUUAAUUUCUAUGUAUAGCCUCUAAACCCAGACCCAUUCUCUCCUAAUUAUCACAUUUUUACCCUCCCACCCCGUCUCCUUUCCCUCCCGAACCCAAAAGCCCUACUACCUCUCCCUGCGCGCCCCUCAUUGCUGCUCCUUUCCAUCUCUCUCUCUCUCUCUCUCUCUUUUUUUUUUUCCAAUUCCUGCCUCAUUCUCAGGCAAGCCUCAUAUACUCUCCACCCAUCUCUCCCAACAAUUUUGUUUCUUGCUUUUGUUUUUCGUUUAUUUGGGUGUUGGUAGGAUCUGCCUGGGUGAUUCCGUUUGUUGUCAUCUGGGUUCUUUGAGAUGUUUAAAUUUUUGGGUGGGUGAGCUUCGUUUUGGGUUUUGAUGCGCAUUUGAGAAACGAGAACGCGGGUUCUUUUUUUAUUAUCUGGUAUACUUUUCGCAUCUUGUGUUUUGAAAUUUAGGGUUUCAUUUCUCAGACGAGGUUGUGAGUGAUUUUCAAAAAAGAGCGCAUGUCGUUUUCGUGAACAAUCCGUUUACUUUAUUAUUUAUAUUGUUUUUAAAAAAUGAUUUGUACGAGAAUCGUAUAGUAAUGUAUAGCGUAAUAUAAUAUUACGUUUGGAGUGUAGAAUGGAUAUAGGCGAGAUGGAGGAUGGCCAAAAGAUGGAGCGAGAGUCGGAUAUCAACCUGAUUGAUGCCAAAAUCGGAGAACAAGAGCCUCCUCCCUCGGCGGAGGAUAAAGACCCCGGUGAGAAUGUGCAAUCCCCUCCUCCUCCCCCCUCGGCUAAGGAUGAAAACCCUGGUGAGAAUUUGAAAUCGGCUCCUUCUCAGGCAGCCUCUGAUGUUAAGAGUGAUGAAUCACCCAUUACCGAUCAUCCAACCGAUGUUAAAACCAUUGCUGAGGUUGAAACCAAUGUUGAUGCUUCUGGUGUUAAUGAUAAUGCCCCGAGAGCAAAUGAGCUUGAAGCUGUGACACCCCAGCCACUAGCAAAGUCUGCUAUUGCAAAAGAUGAAGAUGGGAGUGAAGGGGAGUUGAAGAAUGAGUUCAAUGAUAAAGCGGUUGCUGAUGCCAUCGAAUUGGGGACAGGUGAGGAGGUUGCCGAUUUUGCUAAGGAGGUGGAGAGUUUCUAUAGGGAGCAUUCCCUGGAUUUUAAACACCCCAAGUUUUACGGAGAGCCAUUAGAUUUGCUAAAGUUAUGGAAAGCUGUAACUAGAUUGGGAGGCUAUGAUCAGGUGACUGCAUCCAAGUUGUGGCGACAAGUGGGAGACUCUUUCCAUCCCCCCAAGACCUGCACUACAGUCUCUUGGACAUUCCGCAUUUUCUAUGAGAAGGCACUUCUGGAAUAUGAAAGGCAUAAAAGGAACAGGGGUGAGCUUCAACCCUCGUCUGUACCCAUCUCUGAAACAAAAACUGAAGAAAAAGAGGGAAGUGGUUACCAAGCUUCAGGAACAGGCAGGGCACGAAGGGAUGCUGCAGCUCGUGCUAUGCAGGGUUGGCAUGUUCAGCGUCUCUUUGGAUAUGGUGAGGUUGGUGAGCCAAUUAUCAAGGAUAAGAGCUUCAAUUCUGCACAAAAGCGUGAAAGACCACUCAAAAGCAUUGACUCAGGUUUACAUAAACACAAGAAACCAACUCUUAUGGAGGAUGUCGAAAAAGCUGAAGCAGCUAAGCAGCUGGAUGCUACAGUUGCUGAUGUUGGAGCUCCUGCUGAUUGGGUGAAGAUCAAUGUGCGGGAAACUAAAGAUUGCUUCGAGGUAUAUGCUCUAGUCCCUGGGCUUCUGCGUGAGGAGGUGCGGGUUCAAUCUGAUCCAGCUGGACGCCUAGUCAUAACGGGUCAGCCAGAGCAGGUUGACAAUCCUUGGGGGAUAAAACCCUUCAAAAAGGUGGUGAGCUUACCUGCAAGAAUUGAUCCACUGCAGACAUCUGCUGUUGUUAGCUUGCACGGCCGACUCUAUGUUCGAGUGCCUUUUGAGAAGGGAUCAGGUUGAUCCGUCUUGCUGUUCCAGGCCCAUUUAACCAUUUUCUUCAGGGAAAUUUUGAAAGGGAUCAACCCAUUAGGCUCAAAUUUGGACCCAAAGACUAGCCCCUUAAAUCAGUGCAAGCUAUCCUAACUCAUUGACCCCACCUACUUGGGUAUUUCUGCAUUUUACAGAUUAGUUUUAGGGUACUUUGAAUUUGUAAAACUAGAAGUACCUUUAGACCUCCACCAUUAAGGAGGGUCUUUUGGCUGAACCCAGUAGCUGUUUCUUGUCGUUUAAUAGAAGGGUUUAUCCUUUAAAUCAGAGAUGAACUUUGGAUCAUCCUUUGUUA